AUGAAUAAGGAAGUGUGUGAAAGCUUUCUGAAUGUAUGGGAGUUUUUUCCCGAUACAUUGACCAAUAAUGAAUAUCAUGAAUUUAAAAAUGGUAAUUUUUUAAAUAGUUAUUGUAAUGGUGUUACAUGUGGUACUGGUCUCGAAAAAAUAAAUGCUGGAUGUUUAUUUUUGUUUAAUAAAUUCUUUGGGAAUUCUGGGUUUUCGCAUAAGGCAAAAAAUAAUAUAAAUUUUGUUGAUUACAUUAUGAUAUGGUUAAUUUAUAUGUUAAGCCUAAAGGAAAAUUCAAAUAAAAACAGUCUAAAAUUUUUUCAUACUACAUAUAUAAAUAGUGAUUUAAAGUAUAAAAGUACUGUAGACCAUGUUGAAGGUUGUAGUAAUUUUAAGGAUAUUAUAGAAAAGAGACAUACUUUAACGAAUGAUGAUAUGGAUUAUAAGAUUAUAUCUGAAUUAUAUAAUGCAUUUAAAUUAUUAUGUGAAAUGUAUAUUGAUUUUGAUGAAAAGACGUCCAAUUGCGCAAAAUGUUCGGAAAAAGCUAAAAAAUUUGUUGAAAAAUAUAAAAAACUUAUUGAAGAUCAUAAUAAUACUAAUGGCAGUUCAUAUAAUAAAAUAUUAUCUACUUUAUCAACUGAUUAUGAUAAUUUAAAAAAUAAAUGUAACGGUAAUUCAUCCUUCCCAUCGAUAGAAACAAUGCAAAGUUCUGGAAUAAUUUCUGAAGAUGCGUCAUCAAGUUCGUCGAUAGGAAACAAAUUAAUUUCAGUUUUAUCGAUAUUUGGUGCAAUAGCAUUUCUUUUAGGAAUUUCUUAUAAGUAUUCGUUAUUUGGAUUUCGGAAACGAGGUCAAAAACAAUAUUUAAGAGAAAAAAUUAAAAAAAUAAAGAAGAAAAUGAAUCAUUAA